AAGCAAUUAGAGUUAAAAAAAAUAUUUAAAGUCAACGGGAAGGUGAAGGCACCGGCAAUGAAUCGCAACCGUCGGUAAAGUUGAUUGGACAAGAGUUAUCGGGAGUCAGAGGAAGAAUCCAACGAAAUAAAAAUUCAAUCUUGUUCAUCCCCAAGACUUGAGAUCUCAGAUUACAAUCCUUUUUCCUUUGUUUUCUCAUCCCUGUCCUAACUCCAUUUCAUUUAAACGCCGUCGUUCCCUCUCUCGCUCUUGUUCCGAUUUUAGGGUUUUUCUAAUGGGUCUCGGUAACGAUGAAGAAGAGGACAAUAACAACAACAAUAAUAAUAAUAAGAAUAACAAUGAUAAGGUUGUGGAUGACGGAGAUGCUGGAGGAGGAAAGUCUUUCGGUUCAGUGUCGUGUUCCAUUUGCCUCGAGGUUGUUGCCGAUAAUGGGGAUAGAUCCUGGUCUAAGCUUCAAUGCGGUCAUCAAUUUCAUCUCGAUUGCAUUGGUUCGGCAUUCAACAUAAAAGGAGCAAUGCAGUGCCCUAAUUGUCGGAAGAUUGAGAAAGGUCAAUGGCUAUAUGCUAAUGGUUGUCGGUCAUAUCCUGAAUUUAGCAUGGAUGAGUGGACUCACGAUGAGGACCUUUAUGAUCUUAGCUACUCUGAGAUGUCCUUUGGAGUUCAUUGGUGCCCUUUUGGCAACCUGGCACGACUUCCAUCAUCCUUUGAGGAAGGGGAGUUUUCGUCUUCUGCAUAUCAUGAUGUAUUGGGACAACAUGCUAUAUUUGCUGAACAUACAGCUGUGUCAUCUGCCAGUCAUCCUUGCCCGUAUAUUGCUUACUUUGGACCAAUACAUCCAUCCUCCUCGAAUUCGGGUGGAACUGUAUCAGAAGCUUCAAACUUCAACCAUUGGAAUGGUUCAUCUGUGCCCAGUGACAUGCCAACUUCCUACACAUUUCCUGCUGUGGAUCUUCAUUAUCACAGUUGGGAACACCACUCCCCUCCUUUCUCUACAGCAAGUAGUCGUCUAGUUGCUGCUGAUCAGCCAUCAGUAUCCCCUGGUAGUCAAAGGCCAGCCAGGGGUGGUUCGGAUGUACCAAGAUCAGGAUCUUUUAUGCAUCCCUUCCUUGUUGGUCACAGUUCUGCUGCCAGAGUGGGGAGCUCGGUUGCUUCCUCAAUGAUCCCUCCUUAUCCUGGUAGCAAUGCUCGGACCCGUGAUAGAGUCCAGGCUCUUCAGGCGUACUAUCAACCACAGCAACCUCCUAAUUCAACCACAAUGCGGACACCUAUUGCUUCUGGCACCCGAAGAUCCAGUAGUCAUAAUGGAUCUCCUCAAUUAGCCCCAAUAACCACAUCGUCAGACCAAAGUGGUGGCUUCUUUCUUAUCCCAUCAAGUUCAUCAGGACACAAUUUUCAAGAAGAAAAUCAUCAUCUACCAAAUCACUUCCAUGCUUGGGAAAGAGACCACUUGCCUUCGUUGUCAUUGAGCCAUGUCGAUAGAGAUUCAGGUUGGAGAGCGUACCACCAGGCCACCAGCCGGUCAGACCCAGGUACCAGGUCCAGCAGCUUUCGUUUGAGGCAUGGAUCGGAUAGAACGCCUUCACAAAAUCGGUAAUACACUUGUAUCCUGUUCACUGUGAAGCAAACUACCAUUACUAUGGAAAAUUAUGUAUGCUUUGAAAAAUGUUACAUAUUGCUUUGGCACUUUGGCCUUUGGGUCUGUCCUGUUAUGACAGUAUAUACUCUGGCUGGCCUUGGAAUUGAUUUUUCCAUAGCCACCAGUGUGAUGGACAUUUGCUUCCUCUAGUUUUAUUUGCCCUGGUGGGCAUAAAAUAAGAUGGUGUAUCUAGUUGGGGAAAUCAGGUUUUGGAAGAAAUACUGGGGCGUUGUGAUUUCAAGUGAUGAUGAAUCAAGUGGAUGAAAGCAGCUGUGGUUGGAUUUGUAGUGGGUCAACUAUUUAUGUUUGAUAAUGACACUCAUGCAAUUGCUGUGUAUUUGAGAAUACAAGUACUUUUACUUCUACCCCAUGGCAAGAGUGAUUUGUAAACUGUUGUGCAAUUGUUGAGCCAAGGUAUGGUAUUGAAACUCGCAUGAGAAGGACCAUACCUGGGAAUAAUGGAAGUUCAAAGGCUGGUUUUAAAACAAUCAUAUAUGUGGUUUUCUUUAUCAUUUCUAUUAGUGGUGUAACGUCAGGUGGCGCAUAUACAAUUUUCUUGUUUCCUUGGAAAGAUUUUUUUUUUUAUUUU